CCCUUCCGCUGCCGGGCGCCUCCAUCCCGGCUUUCCGGUGCCUGCCCGAGCGGAGGGGAGCCGGGCCCCGGCGGGGGCGGUGGCGGCGCUGGAGCCGGAGGCUGAGCCGGAGCCGUGCGGGGCCGGGCAGAGCCCUCCCGCCGGCGCCAUGAGGGCCGAGCCGCCCGCCUGGGCGCCGGGGCCGGCGCAGGCCGCCGCGCUGCUGGAGGAGGCGGCGGAUCUGCUGGUGCUGCACCGCGACUUCGCCGCCGCCGUGGAGCGCUGCGAGGCGGGCUGCGACAGCCUGGGCCCCGGCCCCGGCCCCGGCCCCGGCCACGGCCCCGAGAGUUUUGCAGAAGUGAAAUGCUCCCUUUGUGUUGUGGGGAUUCAGGCGCUGGCCGAGAUGAACCGGUGGAGAGAAGUUCUGUCUUGGGUCCUACAGUACUACCAUGUCCCUGAGCAUCUGCCUCCAAAAGUUCUGGAGCUGUGCAUCCUGCUGUACAGCAAAGUGAGAGAGCCGCAGGUGAUGCUGGAGGCCGGCGGCAGCUGGCUGAGAGCCCAGGCUAACCAGGGGCUCCCCGAGUUCGGCUCGCUGCUGGAGCUGUACCUGGCGCAGGUGCUGCUGCCGCUGGGGCGCUUCGAGGGCGCGGAGGAGCUGGUGCGGGGCUGUGCCGUGUGUGACAGCGAGCAGCAGCUGCGCUUCCUCGCCACCAUCGGCGAGAGCCGCCGUCGCUGGACGCAGCGGGAGGAGACGCGCUCGGCCGCCGAGGAGCAGCAGGAGCCAGCCACGGAAACUCUUCUGGGAGUGCUGUCCCAAAAGCUCCUGACCAUGCUGACAUUGCUACGUAGAGCCCUGAGGUCCAUGUCAAACCACUUCUAUUUACUUCCUUACAAGAAGAUGCUCUUGGCUACUUUUUUGCUCUACCUGGUGGUGGUGAGAUUAGACCCAGCUUCUCCCACGUCACUGCCAUUCAUUUACAAACUGGUGCAGCUCUUCCGACAGGCUUGGGCAGCUGUGCUUUCUCCAAUCCACAGGCCUCCAAUUCGAGACUAAGUGUCUUCCUCCACUAAAAGUGGCACCUUGUCCUGGGCAUGCCACCAGGCUCUUCAGGGCCUCUUCAAAUCUGAGAUGUGGACUCCUGGAAUUUCUUCAGACAGGGAAUGGUGGUAUAUGAAUUUAGAAGCCACAGCAAGUAUUCCUGACGUUUUGCUUGGUCCUGUCCAACACUAGGGUACAGCACUCCGUCCAUAUCUACAACUGAAUAAGAAUCCUCCUUUUCAAACCCUUUGCUUGGGAUGUGGCUCUUGAGUGAGGGUUGUGUAGCCAGUUAUGAACUAUGGAAGAAGCUCUCAUCCUUGCAAAUGCUGAGCAGUUCUCUGAACAAGUGCAAUUCCUGAGGGACCAGUGAUUAGGGGAAUAUUCUGUUUUCCCCGAAGACGUCUGAAAAGCUCAGUUCCUGCAGCAUGGGAUUUAGGACAAGCACAUGGAAGAAAAACAUUGGAGAAAUGAAAGCCUAUUGCAUUUUGAAAGCCAUGGUUUCUCUUGUGACUGGUGCCUCUUUGGACAGGCACACUGGAUUGUAAUCAUAUUUAAGCCAGAAAGAUGAGGGGGUGGGCCACAAAGACUGUUGUGUUGUAUCUACUCUUCUUAAAUGCAAAUUACAGCACUCAGUGCUUGCCUGAUGCAUAGUCAUUCCUAGAAGCACUUGGUGGUGGUGGUAAGGAAAUAGACUUAUUUUUUUAAAUUAUAUUCUGUGUUUUUGUCCGGUUGAACAACUGAAGUUGUUGCUUUGUUUUGCUCUUUCCCUACCUCUUGCUUUGUUUAUGUACAUGUCAAAAAGUCUCUCUGUCUAUCUAGAAUUGCUCCCCAAGUCCCCAGUAUCCAAAGUCCUGGGUUAGAUGGGAGUCGUGUAGCAAUGCUCUGUCAUUCAGAACAAAGUUUAUUUUUUAUAGAAAGAGAUACUUCUCUGACAUCACAAAACUUUCCCCAGAUCAGUGGCAAGAAAGUUGUGCACCUGCAGGUCUGUCACCAGACCAACUCCAUUUCUGACCACUUGGGGCAGAAAUUGGAGGUUUGGGGUGGAACAUUAAUUUCUCCUCCAUUCAUUCAUUCAUCUAUCAUCAGCUGACAGAAGGCGAAUUCCAAGGAGGGAGCAGUGAUCUCACAAAAUGCAGCUUUUAAACUGUUGUGUACUGGAGGGGACAAGUUAAAAGUGAGAAGCCAGGGACAAAUUUGCCUCUGUCAUCCCAGCACCUGUGCCAAAAGGGUGUAAACUCACUGAUGUCAGCCCAAACUACAAAAUGUUGUCAGAGCAGCCUUUUUUGGUGGGACCACACCAAAGCCACGAGCAGCAGCCAGUGUAGAUCCCAGUGUGGUGUCUCACAGCAGUAGUGCCCUUUGUCUCUAGCAAUAACCAUACUCCACGGUGGUGGCUGUUGCUGUUUUCUUCACACAGGGUGUGUUGGUAGCCUCAGACUGCGUGUGAUCUAUUGCUUUGCUCCCCGCUGGGGCACUUUGCAAACAGUCUCAUCUUCACUACUAAAAACAGUUGUCUGUUUCAUCCUAAAUUAUCCCAAAAAGAGCUACACCCCAGCAUUAUUGUCAGACAAACUCAGGUUAUUUGUGAGUGUAAUAAUGACCUUGCCUAGUUGUCUCAAGAGAUUUUAAACCCCAAACCAAUCCCAUAUGCCUCCCCAGAGUUUUAUCUCUGCCAGGACUCUACACCAGGUUAAGUAGCCCGUAGUUUUCCACAUGAAAAAGUAAUUUUUUAUAUACUCUGCACACACAGGGAAGAGCAGCCUUUGAUAUUGCUAAAUGGUUUCUGUAAUCCAGCUGAAAGUGUAGUUACAACACUGAAACCAGCACUUGAUGUGAAAUCAGAUAGAAUGAAACAGAGAAGCUCUGUCUGGAGUUUAGCUCUUCCAAGAAAUGACCAGGACCAGUCCUCUGCCCCCCCUGCUUUAUAAGACCUCAGGUUAAGUCCUUUGUAAACCAGUUAAUGAAAUGGCAAACUUCACUCUGAAGUCAGGCCAAAUUCUUAUCAAAGUGACUGUUAGGUAAUGAACAAUUGUCGCUGCAGUCUUCUGGCAUCAUUUUUAGUUGGAUGGCAGAGAUGCUGUUUUGGAGGUUGGUUUGGAGCGGUGGUUUCAGCAGGCCAAACAUAGUUUUUAGAAUGCUGUUCAGUGUCAUUUACCGAGACUUUUAACAUCCAACUUUAUUUUAAGUGUAGGCUGGUAACCCUGACUUUAUUGGAGUACUACUGAUUUAGAAUUUAUAUUGUUUUUAAUUCCUCACGAGAGAGCAAGAAGGCAGAAAUAAGCUAUCGGGGUUCUUUUUGCAAUAUAUACUGAAACUGCAAUAUCUAAUUUUUAUAAUAAAGUGACUCCUGAUUUACCUCUGUAGAGUUGCUUGUUCAUGCUGUGAUUGAGUAUAUGAAAAAAGGUGUUUAUUGUAUUGAUACACUACAAAGUAUAUCACAAAGUUUUUAUUUUUAUCACAAAGUAUAUUACAAAGUUUUCAAGAAUUGUUUCAUAGUUUCAGCAUGUUUGAAUGUAGUAGAGAAUGUCCUCAGUGUGAAUCUGAUGAGAUCUAAUCCACUGAUGAUGCUGGUAGUGUGUAAGUCUGCAUUUCGGCAUGGCCAAGAGCAAUACUACCAAGAAUAAAGUACCUGGUAUUCAUCAUUA